CUACUAAUUGUUUGCACUCACUUCCAACCGACCGAUGAUGGCUAUAUCAUUCAUCUGUCCCGGCUAGUGUGAUAUUUAGACGGCAGCUAUAUCGCUUCCAUGUACAUAUAUAUAUCUUUAUUAACUGAUUCAAUUCCUCAAGGUUCUCGACCGACUCCACAACAACAAUGGCGCCCGAUAGAGGCACAACACAGUCUCCGGACUACCAAUCAAUCUCCACUCGCACAUCUGAAGACAAUGACAAUGCACUCCGUCGUAGACGAAGCGAACAACGAAGAUUCAUAGCUGCACACGCGGAAGAAGGACAGAAUUUCACAGUGCGAGGUAUACUCGUUGGACUGGGCGUCGGAUUGAUAAUAUGUUUUUCCAACAUGUAUUUUGGUCUGCAGACCGGUUGGGUUUCUUCUAUGGCCAUGCCGGCUUCCCUGAUCGGAUUCGCGUUCUUCAAAACUCUGUCGAAGCAUCUUGAUCUACCAUUUACGCCGGUGGAAAAUGUAUUGGUACAAACGGUCGCUGGAUCAAUGGGGACAAUGCCAUUGGGUUGUGGAUUCGUGGGGGUUAUGCCGGCAUUGAAUUAUAUGUUGAAGAAGGAAGAACAAGGGCCAAUUUUCUUAAGUACUUGGAAACUUAUCCUCUGGUCGUUGGGAUUGUGCUUUUUCGGGGUGGUGUUCGCGGUUCCGUUGAGACGACAAGUUAUUAUUAAAGAGAAAUUGAAAUUUCCAUCCGGUACAGCGACUGCGUUGAUGAUUGGCGUUUUACAUGGGAAAGAGACUACUGCAGGUGGACCGCCCAUCUCGACUUCCGAAGACCUAGAUGGGACAGAUGGUAUAAACGAAAGAGAGUCUAGAAAUUAUACAGAUGAGAGUGUGGCGGAUGUUGAGGAGGUGAGCAAAGCUGAAGGUAGCAGCUGGAAAUCAAAGGUUAAGUUGUUAGUGAUUUCAUUUGGAAUAUCAGGACUCUAUACACUUGGAACUUAUUUCUUUCCCAUAUUGCGGAAAUUACCAAUUUUCGGAACAGCAAUUGCGCAAAAUUGGUUAUGGACUUUAAAUCCUUCUCUUGCAUACGUCGGACAGGGAAUCAUUAUGGGUCCAGCGACAACCACACAUAUGCUUCUUGGAGCUAUCGUUGGCUGGGGAAUACUUUCUCCUCUCGCGAAAAACAGGGGUUGGGCUCCUGGGCCAGUCAGUGAUUGGGAAACAGGAAGCAAAGGCUGGAUUGUUUGGAUUUCGUUAGCUAUAAUGUUAGCGGACUCUGUAAUCAGUCUUGGAUACAUUGCUCUAAGCCCUUUGAUCAAUAACAGCGGAGAUUAUGUUAGUGAGGCUCAACAAAAGAUCAAGAGACGGGAUUGGUUGGGUCUUCUUUCAUUUGGAGCACCACAAUCGAACACGGGAUAUGCGCCUAUAAACAGAGAAGAAUCUUCUGGUCGUAGAGAGCAAAACGUAUCAAUUACUAGUAACGGAUCAUCAUUUUCCAGCAACAAUCUUCAGCCAGAAUUGAAAGAUCUACCAGAACCCGACGCCCCUUUAGAGCAUCUCGUCAAUACCCGCACUGUCUGGAUAGGCCUCAUCCUCUCCAUUGUCUUCUGCAUAUUUAGCAUCCGCAUCGUAUUCGAAGGAUUAAUCCCCCUCUACGCAACCAUCCUCUCCGUCCCAGUAGCCCUUAUUCUCUCUAUCAUGGGUGUCCGCGCCCUCGGAGAAACAGAUCUUAACCCCGUCUCUGGAAUCUCAAAAUUAGCCCAAUUAUUUUUCGCUCUCAUAAUUCCCCAAAGCAAUAAAAACUCCAUCCUCAUAAAUCUCGUCGCCGGCGCCGUCUCCGAAGCAGGCGCUCUUCAAGCAGGCGAUCUAAUGCAAGAUCUCAAAACUGGUCAUUUGUUGGGCGCAGCUCCAAAUGCACAAUUUUGGGGUCAAAUCAUUGGGAGUGCAGUCGGUGCAGUGGUUAGUGCGCUCAUCUAUAAGCUUUAUACAAACGUAUAUCAGGUUCCGGGGGAUCUAUUCCAGGUUCCAACGGGGUAUGUGUGGAUUUUCACGGCGAGAUUGGUCACUGGAAAAGGAUUACCGGAUAUGGCUGCACAGUGGGCCAUGGGAGCAGCAGUUAUUUUUACGGGAACGACGCUUUUAAGGAUAUGGGGCAAGGGUAAGAGAGUUUGGUGGUAUGAUUAUGUUCCUGGGGGAAUCGCGGUGGCUGUUGGCAUGUAUAACACCCCCGCCUUCACGCUCGCCCGCGCAAUAGGCGGCUUUAUCAAUCUCUACUGGCGCUCCUAUCGCAAACGAGAAGAAACCCCCAUCGUCGUCUUGGCAAGCGGAUUGAUUCUCGGAGAGGGCGUGGUCAGUAUUGUUAACUUGGGGUUGGCGAGCGCGGGGGUGCCGCACUUGUGAGGAGGCGAGAACGGAGAGGAAGGAGGAGAGUGGUGUAUAGGUUUCAUUUGGUUUGAAUUCUUUAGGUUGGCUUUAUUUAGGCUGGGUUCGUUGGACUUUGAUGUGAAUCUGAAUUUGAAUUUGAUUAUUUGGGGAUGGGGUUGGGGUUGGGGAUAGAUAGAUAGAUAGAUAGAUAGGUGGUAAGGGAAUAGG